ACUACUGCUGUGUAUCUCUCAGCCGGCCUGGGUGUGCGAGGACAUGAGUGGCGUCCCUCGCCAUGUUCUCCUCGUUGCUUUCUCUUUCCUGCUAGUCCUGUUGAGGUUUUCAAGCGAUGGCGGUGGUGCUGGCGGGUUCGUUUUUCCCUACACCAGCGGCAGCGGCAGGGGCACCCCAACCGCCCAUCAGAGGGCGACCAGAACGGGGCAUCAGUGCCGCACUCGCCCAGCCUAUCGUCGUGUGCACGUGCUGUCCCUUGCCCCUCGGGCACGAAAGGUAGCGGUAGAAGGAGCACAACGAGUUACGCCUUCCUUGGGGGUUGGGCUGUCGGGCAAGGACGCCGUGGACCAGGCGGGGGAGAGACUGAUUCCGCUUUUCGCCGAGGUCGAUGCCCACACGAAACGCACGCUUCGGCGUGUCCUCGACACCUUCCGGGAGUUCCGGGUUGGCAGCAACGUCUUCGCAGGGGUGGACGGCUAUGGCCACGGGGACAUCGGCAGGGAGACGCUCGACAAGGUCUACGCCCGGCUUUUUGGCGCGGAGGCGGCCUUGGUACGCGUGCAGUGCUUCAGCGGCACCCACGCCAUCGCUUGCGCGCUCUUCGGCGUCCUUCGGCCGGGAGAUGCCAUGUUGGCGUGUAGUGGGCGGCCCUACGACACCCUUGACGAGGUCAUCGGAACGCGCAAACCAAUGAACGAUGAAUACGCAGAUGCGAGUGACCCGCUUCCCGAGGGACUCAUCGGCAACCUCAAGGAGUUCCACGUGUCCUACACGGAGGUUCCCUUGCAGCCUGGGGGCUUGUUUGAUCUUGAGGCGAUCGAUGCGGCUAUAGAGGCAGACCCCGCCGUCAGGCUCCUACACGUGCAGCGCUCAUGCGGCUACCAGUGGCGGCCGUCGCUUCCCAUCAAAGAGAUAGAGAGGCUUUGCUCGCACGUCAAGGCUCGCUGGGCGGAGCGCGGGCUGGUGGUGUUCGUCGACAACUGCUACGGGGAGUUCGUAGAGGACAAGGAGCCGUGCCACGUCGGCGCGGAUCUGAUUGCGGGAUCUCUCAUCAAGAAUCCCGGGGGCACCAUCGCUAAGUCUGGGGGUUACGUCGCUGGCAAGCUGAGGCUUGUUCGGGCCGCGGCUAACAGACUCGGGGCCCCCGGGGUGGCGGGGGGGGCGACCUUGGGGCAGAACCAGAACCUCUUCCAGGGAUUGUUUUUGGCGCCGACCAUCGUCGGCGAGAGUCUCAAGGGCGCGAUUUUGCUAGCGGAGGUGUUCGGUGGCACCUUCGGGCUCCCGACUAACCCGCCGCCACGUUCGCCGUCGGUGGUCGAUGACACGGCUGCAGACGUGAACGGCGACACGCAAGGGGCAGCGGCGGCGGGGGGCGGCUCGGUUGGGGCCGAAGUGGGAGGGGGGGGCGUAGGAGGCCGGACGGACAUUGUGCAGGCCCUGGAGCUGGGGGAUCGAGAUAGGCUCAUCAAGUUCUGCGAGGCCGUGCAGCUAUUUAGUCCCGUCAAUGCCUACGUGCGACCGGUCCCGGGUGUCACGCCAGGUUACGGGGACGAGGUAAUAUUUGCCGACGGCACCUUUGUCGAUGGCAGCACUCUCGAGCUCAGCUCGGACGGUCCGCUGAGGCCUCCCUACGUCGUCUUCGCCCAAGGCUGCACUCACUGGGCACACUGGGCAUUGAUAAUUGAACAGGCGCUGUUGGCGAUGGGUUUGGUCGAGGAAUGACGGACGACGUCAGGGGUGAAACCUAGCGGUUUGUCUGAAUCCUCGAGCUUCCGCGUGGUGUGCAUAUUAGGGCGGAACGGCAGCUUGAAGAAAUAGGGUAGGUUCAACGGGCUUGCGUUAGUUAGGGAACCCUAAGCCUAAGGCUACGGGUCGAUACUAGGUUCCUCGGUUGAUGUGUUGCAAGACACCGACAUGUAAAUACGGCUUUGCUGAAUGGGGGUCCGCCUGGUGCGGGCAUAUUUUCUUCGGAGAUUGGUGUACGAUAUCGUCAGCUUUUCUCAGGGGGUUAGGUGAGGGUUGGGAUUAGGUGUUGCCCUUGCUGAUGUUAUUUGUGUCAAUCCGCGGCAACACACCCCUCUAGCGUCAUCUUGAUACCAAGCACAGUAGGGGUUAAAAACUGGAGGAAACAGGUGCGCUGCCCCUUCCUUGCUCACAGGAAAAGCGGGGAGAGACUGGAGUGGGC